UUCAAUCUUCUUAAACCAUAAUAAUUUUUUUAAUUUGAAUGAAACAAAUGAUCUAUCUUUACCAGAAUCACAAUAUGUGUUAGUCAAUCAUAGUAACCAAAUAGAACCUGAAGAUGACAGAUCUGAAACUAUCACCAAUUCUAAUGAUACUGGA